CUGAGCUGUGCAGCUGCCACGAGACUUCUUCCCGCCCAUCCCAUCCCCCGCCCUCCCGGCCGGCUAUAUAAAAGCGGCGAGGACGACGCCUCCUCUAGUUCCGCCCAACCCCACUGCCGAAGCUGCCGAGCUUGCUUCCCGUACUUCUUCUGCUCAUCCGAUCGAUCCGUACCAACAAACAAAACUAACUCGGACUUGAUCUCAGCGACACGCACGACGACGGCGAACGGUGCUGCUCGCUAGCUCAGCUCGGCAGCCACCAUGCAGGCGCAGUCCCGCCUCGGCGUGAGCGGCGGCGGCGGCAUGUCGGCGUCGGAGGACGAGCACGAGGCGGUGAUCCGCGAGCUGACGCGCGGGCGGCAGCUGACGGCGCGGCUGCGGGCGGAGGCCCUCCGCGCGCUGCGCGGGCAGGGCCAGGCCGAGGCCACCGCCGCAUUAAUCCUGCAGGAGGUGUCCCGCGCCUUCACCGUCUGCCUCAACAUCAUGGGCUCGCCCGCCAGCGCCCCGCCCCCGCCGGAAAUGCCCGGCGUGGACGCCGCCGCGGCCGUGCCUUUUUCCCUGGCCCCGCCGCGCCGGAACCGGGAGGACAGCAUCCCCAGAGAGCAGACGGUGACAACCUCGCCGUACUACGACGGGUACCAGUGGCGGAAGUACGGCCAGAAGAGGAUCACCAAGACACACUACCCAAGGUGCUACUACAGGUGCAGCUUCCACCGGGAGCGAGGCUGCCGGGCCACCAAGCAGGUGCAGCAGUGCGGCGGCGGCGACCCGCCCCAGUACCUCGUCAUGUACUUCAACGACCACACCUGCGACACGGCGGCAUGGGAGCCCGAGGCGGCGGCGGGGGCAUCGGCGGCGAUGCGGCUGGACCUGCCCGGGGCCGCCCUGGUGGCGCCGCGGCGCGGCGGCCUGCUGGACGAACGCGGCGUCCAGGAGGAGCACGAGCGCCAGGUGCUCGUCUCGUCGCUCGCGUGCGUGCUGGGGGGCCAGCAGCAGUUCCACCACCAGUAUCCUCCUGAUGCUCCUGCUGCGGCGGGCAGCAGCGCCGCCGCCGCCGCCGUCAACGUGGCGCAGGCAGCGGGGCCGGCGCCGAUCGUUGACGCGGCUGCGGGGAUGCCGCGGCUUGACGUGGACGUGGUGGGGCUGGAUGUCAUGGACUACGACGACGUGCCGGGCGAGCUGUGCUUCGGCGAUUCCUACGGCCUACCUGGCGGCGGCGGCGGCUUGCCGUUUUGAGGGCGCAGGCGGCAGGCGCCACCAACUAUUCUCGCGCAACGACUCGAGAGCUUCAGACCAGCGGCGACGGAUCACUGAAUCUUUGGUGUACAGUGAUCUACAAUGACUACCGCUACAGAUACACGUAGGGCAUACGAAUACGACUACGUACGUACUACCGUGUCGUAGAAAAAUACUGUAAUUAGUGCAAGAGUUAAGUGGUAACAAGUAUACUUGCACUAGGUUACGGCCGGGGGUUGCGUUGCGUCUCUCCAGUUAAGUUUUGGUCAGGCUGGCGUGAUUAAUUUCGCACGUGCUUUUGUGUCUCAACCAGCACGUAGCUAGUAAUACCCAAUUGAUGUCAUGUAGUUCCUUAUCGUUUGGCUAUUAAACUUUUGCGAUGUUUUACAUGUA